UCAAACCUUCUUCAUAGUUGAGAAUAGUCGCAGCUUCCAGGUGACAUAACAUGGUGAUGUCUUCUUCAAAGUCAGAACCUGACGACGAUAGUUCAUCUUCUUGCUAUGAUUCUCCCUCGUUGGCGAAAACACUAUUUGAUGAACAAUCAAAAGAAGAUGACAGUAUUUCAAAAAAGAAUUAUGAUUUGAUUCAUACCACUGCCAUCAAUGCUUCACUAAUAGUUUCAACAUUUUUGAGAGGUAAGAAGUGUGGUCAUGGGGGUACAACAAGUAGUAGGCGUUAUAUUCAUCGCGAUAGAAGAAAACGUCAUGAGGUAAUUAUUAGAGACUAUUUCAAUGGUGAGAAAUCAAAGUAUACACCAGAUCAUUUUCGCAGAAGAUUUCGAAUGGAUGUGGAACUAUUUACUCGCAUUUUGGAAGCAAUUGAGAAAAAUGAUAUUUACUUCUCUUCAAAGUUUGAUGCGACCGGAAGAAAAGGCCUGAGUCCUUUACAGAAAACAAUAGCUGCGGUGCGGAUGCUUGCUUAUAGUUGUUCAGUUGAUCUUUUGGAUGAAUAUGUUCAAAUUGGGGAAAUCACUGCAAUUGAAAGCCUUAAGCAUUUUUGUGAUGCCGUGAUAAGUGUUUUUGAACAAGAAUAUUUGAGAAAACCAAAUAAAAAGGAUAUUUCAGGAUUGCUUCAAGAAGCGGAAAAACGAGGUUUUCCUGGUAUGUUAGGGAGUCUUGAUUGUAUGCACUGACAUUGGAAGAAUUGUCCAACCGCUUGGCAUGGUACACAUACAAAUGGUUUUAAACGAGUCCCGACUCUCAUAUUAGAGAUUGUAGCUUCAAAGAAUUUGUGGAUUUGGCAUGCAUUAUUUGGUAUGGCUGGUACGAAUAAUGACAUAACGGUAUUAGACAGAUCUUCACUAUUUGAUGAUAUUAUUAAUGGUGUUACACCACCACGUCGCUAUGUAGUGCAAGGGCAUCAAUAUGAUAUGGGGUAUUAUUUGACUGAUGGAAUUUACCCACAACAUGCUACGUUGAUGCAGUCUAUCUCUCAGCCUUCUUCUCUUAAAGAGAACAUAUUUUCUCAACGCCAAGAAGCUACAAGGAAGGAUGUGGAGCGUGCUUUUGGAGUUUUGCAAAGUGGAUGACAUAUUGUUAAAGGUCCCGCGCGUAUGUGGAAGGAAAAAGACUUGGAGAAGAUAAUGAAAACUUAUAUCAUCUUGCAUAAUAUGAUCAUUGAGAGUGGAAGUUGUCAAGGAGUGAAUCCUGAAAAUUGGCAACCUCUUGGAGAUGAAAGGGUUGAAAAUGUGGAAUUAGAGCGUGAUUAUAAUUUUAUUGUCUCGAAUGAUCAGAAGAAUGAAACAAGUUCAAGACAAGAGAGUUCAUACAGACUUGAAAAAUGAUCUCAUCAAUCAUAUAUGGGAGCUAUAUGGUGGUCAACAAGCAAGCUGAUAUUAAAGUAGAUCUUUUAAUGAGAAAGUCUUAUAAUAGUCAUUGAAGUUUAUUUUUAUUUCGAUGAAUGAUGUUAUACUCUUAAUCAUUAUUCUCAAAAUUGUGUCAAAUUUUUUAGAAUUAAUUAUUUUUUUGGAUUGAUUAUUUACAAUAAGUUAGUUCUAAUUGUAAUGUUUUUUAAUUUAUUAUUUCGAAUUAAUGAUUACUUAGAUUUCUGAUAAAUCUUAAUGGGGUUGUUGUGUUUUUC